AUGCAGGUGUAUAACCUGAACAUGUAUGGGAGUAAGUACCAGUGGGUUAUUCCAGGCUGGUAUCAGGGGAACUGGUGGGAGCAGGCCAACUCCACCAACUGCACCACCAAGAAACUUCUCACAGCUAUGGAGGGCUACAUCAGCGUGGAUUUUGAACCGCUCAGCACCAAACAGACCAGAGGAGUAUCAGGGAGGACGCCACAAGAGUACGAGGCAGAGUAUAACAGGAGGAGGCUGCAGAAAGGCCUGGAGUCCAGUAAAUUUCACGGCUUUGCUUAUGAUGGGAUCUGGGUGAUAGCCAAGACGUUGACAAGAGUCAUGGCAAUUCUGAGACAGAAAGAAGGACACAAGAAGAUCCAGGACUAUGACUAUACCAACAAAGAGCUCGGAGAGAUCGUCCUGGAUGUCAUGAAUGGGACGAACUUCCUUGGUGUGACA